AUGAUAGGCAUGCAGUCUGCGUGCGACCAACGCAUAUAUCGUCGGUCCCGGUCGGGCUGCCGGACAUGUCGCCUCAAGAAAGUCAAAUGCGACGAGGUGCGGCCGCAGUGCCAGCGAUGUGGCCGGCUCCGCCGCUUCUGCGACUACAGCAACCAAGAUGAAGUCUACGUGAGUGCCGUGGGUAAGCCCGGGCGAGCGAAUUGGGGGGAAAUGACGAUUCAACUACCGGCGUUCAGCACCAGCACAUGUUCGCUCAGCCUCACGACAACGGAUCACGAAGCCAUACGGUACUUUCGCACCACAUUUGCGCGGCGCCACCACACCAAGAAUCCCGACUUUUCCGUCUACUCCAUCAUCUUCAACAUUGCCCAGUUUGAGCCGCUGGCCAUGCACGCCGUCUUGGCGCUGGCCUGUCGGGCGAUUCAGCCCCGCGACCAACUUGCCUACCCUAACCACCAGCAAAAUUGGCGUCAUCUGGUCCACUACUCGUCAGCGCUGGGGCGCCUCAAGGAGGAGCUGGAAAAGGGCUCGACGAGCCAGGAGGCCUUUAAUUUCGAUGUUUGUUUCACGGUCCUCUACAUCAUGAUGGUGUACGAGCAGAACUUUGGCGGUGAUAGCUUUGCCGGGCUCGCGCAUCAUCUCGACGGCGCGGCCACCGUGCUUCGGCAUCGUGGAAAGCACAUUAAAAGAGACGUUGAGGCCGUCUUGCUGGCGACACCACUAGCCAUCGAUCGGCAUGGAUUGGAGCGGGGACUUUCCCUGUACUCGGCACGUAUUCUGAUUUGGAUAUCGCUCUGCGACGCGACUUCGGCAACGUACGGCAUCGGCGGGUCGUUCAACGCUGCAUUAACUGAAGUCUUGGGGCGCGAUGACCCGGGAGGCGUCGAACACUUGCACACGUUUUCCAACUCCCUAUUUCGUGUCAUGUGGGCGGACGCGUAUCCCCAGGCGGAACUGGUCGACGAUAUUGAAAACAGAAGUGUUUUUGAACUGAUGGUGGCUUGCUCUCGGGCGAGGUACUCUCUUGCUGCCCUUGCCCGUUCUCUAAAAGGCGGGAAUGUGCAAGAGUCCAAACUUUGCACCAAGUCUGCCAAAGAGGUGAUACAAUUUAUUGCAACGCGGUAUCGCGAGCUGCUAGAGGUUGCCAGCGGGCUGCUGCCGUCUACAGACCAUGCGCAGCGGUUAGUGGCCAACCUGCGAGGCAUCGUGCCGCACUACCACGCCGUCGUUGUCGUCUUUGCAAGGCUCGCUGCAAACCUUCCAGGAACAUCUAUCUAUGCGGAACCCCAAGCGCACGUCAAUUCCAUCAUGACUCUCGCGCGGCAGGCGUACCGGCAUCAAGGCAGCGACGCCAUGGUGCGCGUUGCCUGGCCAUUGCUGGUCGUGUUUUUGGAAACACAAGACCAAGCGACGAGGGACUGGAUCCUAUGUCGAUUCCAGUCCAUGGCGAGCUUGAACAAAAACAUGGAACGUGCUGAAGACUUCCUGAGGAACUCCGUGGGACCUGCGAGAGCGACCAGUGCAGCCUGGGCAGACCCUGGCAGCUGGUUUCACUCGGGAGACGGAGCGCCAUUCAUCAUCUGA